AGGAAAUGCUUCAAACAAAAGAAAAAUUAAAGGAGAAAAAAACCCAGUAUAAUCAAAACAGCUUAACUAUCUAUUCUUUUUUUUCUCUAUUUUUUUUUAAGUGUCUAGAGAAGGAUCUAUGUGCAACAUUUUUGGUUUUCCUAUACUAUGACAAUUUAUUUAACAUUUUUCAUAAUAUUUUCAAAAUAAUUUAUUAUUUGUUGAUAUUAAUAGCCAAAACCCAGAUUUAUUAUGGAGAAUUUGAGCAGAACUCAUGCAUCAGAAUGGAUAAACCCUGACUACCCAAGUGUUUAACCCCCUGAAGCUCUUUGGUCUAAUUUGUCAACAUAUAUCCAAUAUAUCAAUAUACCAGUGUGCAAGGUAGACUUUUAGAUGUUAAUAUCCCUUUUAACUAGAAUGAUGAUGAUGAUAAAAACAAAUUUAUAAUUAUUGUAGUAACUAUCCCUAUUGUUAUUAUUUCAGGUAAUUGAGGGGUUAUGUAAGGGAGCUCUAGUGUAUUUAAAUUUGAAUGGGAAGGUAGGAAGGAAUAUUAACUGGCUGUUAGAACAUCAGAACUCUAGCUUGUGUUAUGGCUCUGAUACUUAUAAUCUACUCUAUACUGUAAAAAAAAAAGUUGGUGGCACACAAGUAAAACAGAUUAUCAUCUAAAUGUAGACAUCACUUUUAUUACUAAGAAAGAGCUUUUUUUUAGUCACAAAGUUCCCCCAACUGAAAUAGAUUUGCCAGUAAAAUUAUCUACAACAGUAAUCAUGGUAGUGAUAAGCAUGUUGUCUCAUUGACUUGUCUACAUAAGCCAACAGUGAACACAGAUCCCCAAGAAUCUUGUUUCUGUGGGAUAAAUAAAUCUUCAUUUCCUAUGUGUUUAUGCCCAUCCUUCCUUCCUUUAAACACCUCACCGUGACUACAGAGUAAUGACACCCUCUUCUCCAGUGGACCUUUAGGAUUCUCCCAGGGUGUGAGAGAACAAAAGCCUCAGCUUGGAAUGGCAACAGAGAUCUCUUGCAAAUUCUUGGAAAUAAAGUUUUAAAUAGUUGAGUGUUACCACUGGGCAUUUUUUUUUUUUCAUAAGCACACUACCUGAAAGUUGACCUCUGCUACAUAGACACUGAUGUUCACAGCACAUUUUGACACAAAAAUGAACCACAUUGGCCUAAAAUUACCUUGCAGAGACACUGCAUGGCUGAAUUACGUCACAAUUAUAUGACUUCUAAGCUAGAGGCAAAAACAUGCUGUGCAAGCAAGUGUGCAUUUAUUUAUGCACUUGUGGAAAUAUUUACAGCCUUCUGAAUAGCACAGGUUUCCUGACACUGAAAACAUCUACUUGCUUAUCUGGGUGACAAGUUAUCAGACCGUGUGUAUCCGUAGAGGUUACGAAGGCCCCAGGGAGUUUGGGGUAGACUCCCUCCAUUCACGGUGCCCCCCGUGUACCUGGGUGACCACAUACCACGCUGGAAUCACCCUAUUCAGGCUCCUUUUUCCACGCUCUGCCUCCUUCACCAUCUCAGAGGUCGGUGUUUUCCUCUGGGCGCUGCGGAGCCCCAGCCCGUGUCUCUUCCUCUCGGGACUGCGGGAAGGGGAGCCCUUGUCGCAGCGGCUGAGACUCGGCGGGCGCCCAGAGCAUCGCGCAGGGGGCGGAACGGGACGGGAGGGAACAGGAGGAAGGGGAGCGAGGGUUUCUCCCAUCCCGGGCUGGGCCAAUGGAACGGGAGCGCUGGAGGAGCCGCGCCCGGCGCUGGGCAGGAGUCCCUGCGGAUGUAGCUCACCUGCCGCUCCAGCAGGAAGGAGGCUAAUCCCAUAGCUCGGUCAGCGGCCCUCCCCGCCCGCAGGUGAGGCGGCGAGCCCUGCCCGGCCGGGCCCCGGCGGCACAGCAUGUCCGUAACAGAUCAAGCCUUUGUGACCCUUGCAACUGAUGAUGUGUACUGUCAAGGUGCUCUCGUUCUCGGACAGUCAUUGAGGAACCAUAAGACAUCCAGAAAAUUGGCAGUUCUAAUUACUCCAGAGGUUUCCAUUGGGAUGAGGUCAGUCCUCAGCAGUGUAUUUGAUGAAGUGAUUGAGGUGGAUGUGCUUGACAGCGCUGACUCAGUCCAUCUGGCUCUGAUGCAGAGGCCAGAACUGGGUGUAACCUUCACUAAGCUUCGUUGUUGGACUCUUACUCAUUACAGCAAAUGUGUCUUCAUGGAUGCAGACACUUUGGUACUUUGCAAUGUGGAUGAGUUGUUUGAUCGGGAAGAGUUUUCUGCAGCUCCUGAUUCUGGCUGGCCUGACUGUUUCAAUAGCGGUGUAUUUGUGUUCCGGCCCUCCUUGAAGACUUACAACCUGCUGCUCCAGUUUGCUGCUGAACAUGGCAGCUUUGAUGGAGGUGAUCAAGGCUUGUUGAACAGCUUCUUCAGCAACUGGGCAACAGCAGAUAUUGGCAAACACUUGCCUUUCCUCUAUAACUUAAGCAGCAGCUCUGUAUACACCUAUGUUCCUGCUUUCACUCAUUUUGGUAGAGAUGCCAAAGUUGUUCACUUCAUGGGAGCAACAAAGCCCUGGAACUACAAAUACAACCUUCAAACAAAGAGAGUUAUGCAGGAUGGCACCACCUCUGGAUCUUUUCACCAACUGUCGUUUCUUGCCCUCUGGUGGAAUAUCUACAGUGCCAGUAUAUUGCCUUUGUUGGAAAAAGGUGUUCAAAAGGUGGAAGAAUCAGAAUCUGAGGAAUGCAAGCAUGCUUUCAAUGGAGUUGAAGUUACCCUGAAGAAGGUCAGUUCUUACGUGGCCAGUUCUCUGCAAAAGCCUGAGCUCCCAGAGCAGACAAAUGAAGUAAAUCCCACAGCAUGCUCAGCUGAGGAGCUCGCCUUUAAAGCUCAACCUGUGUAUGAAGUCGAACCAAGAGAUUCUAACAUCCAUCUCUCUGAGCCUGACAGACCUUCAGAACAACCUGUAUUUCAACCUGCAUAUCAGGAAACCUCAGAAAUGAAUGAGGUUGCACAUUCCGUUUCAGAGCUGUCUAUUCACUUCAAACCAGCAAAACCAACUCCAGAAGAUGAACGGAGAAAAUGGGAGGAAGGGCGCAUGGACUAUAUGGGGAAAGAUGCUUUUGAACACAUCAAAAAGAAAUUGGAUGCAUUUUUACACUAAGACAGAGUGUACUGUUAUGCCCAUCGUGAUAGAUAUUUUUUUAUAAUUCAAUUCAUGAAUACUUGGCUUAACCAGUUUAGCUGACACCAGUUAGAGGUUCUUAUGGAUCCUUAUAUUUAUAUUGGGGGACCUUAAAAUAUAUAGAAUCUUGGUUUUUAACUGAUAAAUGUGCCUCAGCUUAAUUGUUACAAUUGUCUCAUCUUCAUUGUAUUCACACAGUGCCUUCUAAAGCAUAAUGAAUGGUACCUUUCUGAGUAUGAACUCUCAUGUAUUUAUCACACUUCCCUGAUGCACCAUCUGCAUUCUGCAGAAACAGUCAUGUGUAGGAAACAUGUUGGAAAUUUAAAUUGUUUUGGAAGUUGGACUUUUCCCAGAUUGAGAUUAUUCCCAAAGUACUUCCAGAAGUUGCUAUAAAGUAUUUAAAUAAAAAGAACUUAUUAUUGAAACCAAAUUUACACAAAUUUCAAGAGUAACUGUGAUGUAGGCUUCAAUUCAGGAAAGAAUUGAUGAAAAGCUGACUUCAUAGGAGUCUGCAAUAAAACUUUUCAAUUUAAACACAUUUUAGACACAAUUAGAGGAACUUCAGAGUUCAUCUGAGAUCACUGGUGGGUGCUCUACCUACUUAUAGGAAGCUGCUCAGUUCCAUAGCAAGUGUGAGGAAGUGUGGCUUAAAACUCUUCAAAGCAGAGUGAUAAUGUAUGUUAACCUUUUAUAUUGUUGCCAUAGGAUACUGAUGCUUUUUUAAAUAUUGUAAGCUUUAAUUGCAUAUUCUGAGUUGUGUGGUCAGGAGAAGAAAUGCUGACAGCAUGGUGUAAACCUUCUGGUGCUUUUUAUAAAUUUGUUUACAGUACUUCAAACUGCAGCUGCAAAAGGCCUUCUUUGGCUUAGCAUUACUGCCCCCAUACUGAAGGCAAUUUGAGUGCAACUGAAAACAAAAUUGGUACUUGUUUUAGUAAACAGGCCCUUUGAAGAUCUCUUAAACAAUAGCUGUGUGUGGGAACUCAUAAAUCUCUGAGGAUAAUUCCAGAAAAAAAUCUACUGAUGAGACUGCAUUAUAUUAAGGACACUUAUGGGGGAAUGUUUUUUGUAUUUGAGUACUUGACUCAUCUCAGUGACUUUGUUUUAACAAACAAGUAAAAUACUUCUUUCAAAGCAAAAAACUGUUAAAUAAAGAGUCAUGACAGUUAUGCUAAUAUAAUAAUAGAUUUUACAGUUAUUUGUAACCUAGCUCAAUAUUGGAAUAAGAAUUCUGCAGUGAUGUUGCAGGACUUGAAAUAUUUUGGUCUAAAUACAUCACGAAUUUUGGCAGACAGAUGCCUAAAGAAACAUUUUGGGAAUUCUGUCAAAAAGCAAUGAUGUACUGUUACGCACAGAUGCUAGCAGGAUAAAAGGAUGGCAGGAUAGGAGGGAAGAAGAAAUUUUUAUUUCUUUUCCCUUCCAUCAAAAAGGAUGAGAAUGUGGGGCAGGGAAUAAGUGCACAAAUCAAGAAAGGAAUGAAAGAAUCAAAAGGUCCCUUGAAAGAAGAAAAAAAAGCUUUUAAGUAUCUUUGAAUUACGUCCUAAUAUUCACAUUAAUGGAUUUGCUUUCACUUUUGUAGAAUACUUCUGAUUUUAUCUAGUUCUCAUUUACCCUUAAACUCUUAAAUGGGGAAUCCUAUUGUUGUGUCUGUUGAAUACAAUCUUCUAGGUCAAGUUAGGUGUUUAAGGGCAGCAGAGAAAUUGAGAACAGUUCUCUCUCUGACUAACCUUAGCACCCUCUAUAGCCCAUGUUCCUGGGUAGGUGACCUUCACACUUGAGCACAGGUGGGUGUAUUCUACCUCUUGGUGCUGUGGCCCAGUGCAGCAGGUGGAGAUGACAGCAGCUGCAGUGUACCCUCACUCACCUGGCAUUUGAUCUUCUGAUUAUCCCUGUUUCUUAGUGAUCCUCGUGCACUGCUGAGAAAGUCCUCUGCUUUAUAAAUAUUGCUGCUAAUACAAUCCUAAUAGCUUUUGAAGACUAAAUAAAGCUGUAGUCAGCAAUGUGAACUCAUGCUUCAUACAGCUGUGCUUUUUACAUUACCUACUUAUUUGGUACAUUGAUUAGAUUAUGUAAAAAAAAUUACUGAUGUGAAAUCAGUAACUGAAGGUUUUUAAAAAUAUGCAUAUGAAUGUAAUCAAAUAUGUGAUUGAGUACUUUUCAAACUGUUAAUAUGUACAGUGGUACUCUGUGUGGCUUAUACAAUGUUUUGCAAAGAAUUAUAGUACAAUAAUGUAAUGGAAAUAAAAGAAAUGGAAAAGACAUAUGAAGUCAUGUGCUUAUCAAAUGAUGAAGAAAAAUUGGUUGUUUACAUUGUGUCAGGGAAUAUUACUUGUGAAUAACUAGUUAUUUUAAUUUCUUUUUAAAUUUUAUUUAAUUGCUUUUGAGACAUUAGCAUUACAUGCUGAGCAGAAUUAAAAGUUGAGAGUAAUAAUUAUUUCUACAGAUAUACAUAAUUAUGAUGUUUAGGAUCUCUUGAAUUGGCAAACAGUAGUUGGUUUAUUGUUUUUCAUGGAAAAGUACAGCUGUUAAAAGCCCUGCCCUAAUUUUUGUUCCUGUCUUCAGACACAAAAAUUGAACUAGUUACUGGUAAUGUAGUGUUGUAGUGCUUCUAGCACACAACUGUUGCCAGCAGGCUGUGAAAAGGGACAAUUUUUUAUGUGAAUGCAGUGCUGUGCUUCAGGCAGCAUUCUGGGCUUUUAUGGCCAUCAUUUUGAAGUCCUGGGGUCACAGGCAGGUCUGAGGGAUGUUAGGGGCUGCAUGUGGCCAUGAGCCACAGCACUGAGGUUUGCUAAGUCAAAAUGUGUCUUGAGGAAAAAAACAAACCUACCAAGCUUCACCUGGAAUUUUUUUCCCCAUAUUUAACUGUGGUAUAGCCUCGAGUAUUUUUAGGGUAAAGAAAGUUAAGAAAUGUAAGCUUUUGGUGGCACUAUUCAUCUUUAAACAAGGCCAGACUAUGGCUUACUGUUGUAGACUUUGUAUUUAGAAAGGACAACUUGUGUUUAAAACAAAACAUGCUGAUUCUUCUGUCAUGUGCUUGGUGUUAUUCAGAGCUUUUAUUUGCCAUACAACAAUUUUAUUGGGUGCUCUUCAUGUAAAAGAAGGAGAUAGUGUGGGUGUGCCACAAGGGAAAUUCUUGAAAAUUUUAGACAUGUGGGUUAAUGCACUUUUCUAGCCUACAGGAAAAGGACAUUGGUGUUCCUGAAAUAUCACUUGACUUACUGCCUAGUGUUUUGUGAGGACAUUUCCAUCUGGGUUGUUCUUUCAAAAUAAGUUUUCUUUGUCUCUCUGUAUCAGUCAGCUCACAACAUUGGCUUUUCUAAAGCUGGCACUUGAAAAAAUGCUUUGUUUUGUUUGGCUUUCUACACCUUGAUUUUUCUAUCCAUGAAUGGGAGGCUGGGUUAGUAGCAGGUGUUUGAUACUUUUGUGUGCUGCUAUAAACAGCUUGUUGUUCACCAAUAAGUCUGCACUAUGCCUAUUUAUUCCUUAAUGGAUCUGGUUCAGUUGCUUUCCUAAUCUAAACUGCUUUGAUUCUU